AUGGGACCGUCUGGCAGAAGCUGGCUCGUCGUCCUCCUCGUCUCUGCAACCCUCUGCGCCCAUGUAUCAGGUAGCCUUUUUCCUUCACAUGAAGAACUUCUUGUGCGGACCAAGAUCGCUGCGGCGUCCAACGACACGACCCUGUUGGCGGCGGAGCGGACGCGGCGGAAGGACCCCCUCGACGGGCUCAGGUACUACACCGGCGGCUGGAACAUCAGCAACAGGCACUACCUGGCGUCUUCAGGUUUCAGCGCGGCGCCCGUGUUCGCGUUCGCCGCGCUCUGGUUCGUCGCGGUCGCGGCGGCGGCGCUCAUCGCCUGCUGCUGCAGCUGUUGCUGCCGCGGCGGCGGCGGCAGCAGCAGCUACUCCUACUCGCGCCGGGUGUUCGCUCUCUCGCUCCUGCUCCUGCUCGUCUUCACAGCCGCAGCCGUCAUCGGGUGUGCGGUUCUGUACGACGGGCAGGGCAAGUUCAACGGCAGCACGACGGCGACGCUGGACUACGUGGUGAGACAGGCCGACGGCGCCGCGGCCACCAUGCGCAACUUCACGGGCCUCCUGCAGACGGCGAAGACGGUGGGCGGCGGCGUGGCCUCGCUGCCCGCCGACGUCGCGCGGAGCAUCGACGACGUCGCGGGCCGGGUGGACGCGGCCUCCGACGAGCUCACCGCGCGCACGGCUAGCAACUCCCGCAGGAUCCGGACAGCGCUGGACACCAUAAGGAAGGUCCUGAUUGGUGUCGCGGCCGUGAUGCUCGUCCUCGUGCUUCUUGGCUUCGUGUUCUCGUUGACCGGGAAGAAGUCGCUUGUGUCCAUAGUGGUGUUUCUUGGAUGGAUCAUAAUCACUGCGACACUAAUACUGUCCGGCACUUUCCUUCUCCUGCACAACGUGAUAGGCGACACCUGCGUGGCCAUGGACGAGUGGGUGGUCCAGCCGCAGGGGCAGAGCCACACGGCGCUGGACGACAUCCUCCCCUGCGCCGACGCGGCGGUGACGGCGGAGGCCCUGCGCCGGAGCAAGGAUGUCAACUUCCAGCUCGUCUCCAAGCUCAACGAGCUGGUCUCCAACGUGUCCAACCGCGACGUGCCUGCCCAGGUCGGCCCUCCGCUCUACUACAACCAGUCCGGGCCUCUCGUGCCGCUCUUAUGCAGCCCCUACAACGCCGCCGACCUCUCCGACCGAUCCUGCGCCGCCGGCGAGGUCACCACCGACAACGCGCAACAGGUGUGGCAGCGCUACGUGUGCCGCGCGACGGGGUCGUCGGGGCAGGAGGUGUGCUCGACGGUGGGCCGCCUGACGCCGGCGAUGUACUCCCAGAUGGUCACCGUGGCCGGCCUCAGCGACGGGCUGCGCGGGCAGUCCCCCGCCCUGGCCGACAUCGCGAGCUGCGUGACCGUGCGGCGCGCGUUCCAGACGGUGAGCCAGCGCGGCUGCCCCCGCUGCGGCGGGACAGCGGCCAGCUGUACCAGGCGCUGCUCGCGGCGUCGUUGGCCGCGAUGCUCGCCGCGGCGGCGUGGGUGGUGCACUCCCGGGAGCGGCGGCGGCGCCGGGAGAGCGAGCGGUUCAAGGUGUCCCCGUACAGGCUCCCCAUCGAGGAGAAGGUGCUGCUCAACAGCCCCCGACGGCCGUACAGGCGAGUGUAACAGGAGCUUGAUCACCAGCCAAACGCCGGCGGGUUUCUGCAGCACAGUGACGACGGUGCAGGCCCGGCCCGCCUCGGUCAUUGCCUUCAACCAGAUCCUCACUGCUGUCUCACGUGCCUCAGGCCGGCGCUCCUCCACCUCAGGCUCAGACCUCGUCAUCUCCCUCUUCAACCGGAUGAUACGUGACUGCUCCCACAAGGUGGCUCCCGACAGUUUCACCUACAGCAUCCUCAUCGGUUGCUUCUGCCGUAUGAGCCACCUGAAUCAUGGCUUCACCACCUUUGGCCUCAUCCUUAAGACAGGCUGGAGGGUGAAUGACAUAGUCAUCAGUCAACUGCUCAAUGGUCUCUGUGACGCAAAGAGGGUGGGCGAGGCCAUGGACGUUUUGCUGCAACGAAUGCCUGAGCAUGGCUGCACGCCAGAUGUAGUUUCAUAUAACAUACUUCUCAAUGGUUUCUGCAAUGACAACAGAGCUGAGGAGGCACUUGAGCUGCUCCAACGAAUGCCUGAGCUUGGCUGCACGCCAAAUGUAGUUUCAUAUAGCAUACUUCUCAAGGGUUUCUGCAAUGACAACAGAGCUGAGGCGGCAUUUGAGCUGCUGCAUAUGAUGGCUAACGAUCAAGAUGUUGUGACCUAUUGCUUAGUUGCAGAAAAUCUCAUACAAGAAGGGUUGCUAGAGGAGUUUGAUGGUCCGUUUUCAACAAUGGAAAAGAGUGGUACUGCUCCAGACUCACGUAUGUUAAAUGCUCUAGUUAGGAGGCUGUUGCAGAGAGGUGACGUUAGCAGGGCUUUGGCUUGCCUCUCCAAACUUGAUGAGAAGAAUUUCUCACUUGAGGCUUCCACUACUUCUGUGCUUAUAUCACUUUUCUCGAGGGGUGAAUAUCAGCACCAUGCAAAGUCUCUGCCUGAAAAGUAUCUGUCAAUCACACAUGGUACUCAGCCUGUUGGACUGGCUUCUGCCAUGAAUCAGCUUCCUGAUGAGGCUAUUGAGCUUGCUGCUGCAUCACAUAUCGAGAGGGAACUGCAAAUCACUAGCUGGAAUCUUACAAGUAAUUUUGUUGCUUGUACUAAUCAGAAAGUGGGUGUGCCUAGUACCCAGCAAGAUAGAUGGGAGGUUAUAGAAUUAAGAUUGAUUCAGGGCAGAGAAAAUAUAGAAAGAUUAGAAAUCACUGGUGUUGGAGAUCCAUCUGGUUGUGGGUUAGGAUUCAACUAUGUGCGAGUAGCACCAAAAGCACCUGCCUCCAAUUCAGUGCUCAAGAAGAAGUCAGCUGCUGCAAUGAGUACCACUGUUGAAAAUUCUUUUGCUGAGGGUGGUUUGCCCUCAAAACUAAAACCAAAGAUGGCACUCGAUGUAAAUGAGAUCCUUCUAGUUAAAAAGAAAAGUGUUCUAGGAAAGGAUGGACCUAAGUGCCACUGGAAUACUGGAUGUUGGUUUGCUAUUGUGCUUAUAAAAGUAUUAGGUUGGAAGUAUGCUGCUAAAAUUCUGAAAUUUGAAUACGUGCUAGUUCGAUGA